CUGUCCCAGAUCUGUACCCUGUCAAGUACCCCAUGGAACAGGAGAGACAUCUCCAGCCCCACCCGGGCUUGGUCCUGGUUUCUCCUUCCCUCUUCCCUUGCCGAGAAGACCCUGAAUCUGAAAUCUCCCAAUGCCCACCCACCUCUUCUCCAUAGAUGCUAAGGGAGCUACUCCCCAGACAGAAAUGAUGGGGCCAGGGCACCCCUCCUUAUGAACCCCUUGCUGAGGGGACUCCCUGGCAACAGAACUAAGAAUUCUGGGGCUGAGGCUUUGGGGCGGGGCCCAGUUGUUGCUAGGGUGAUGUCCUUCAAGGUUUCUCUCCACAGAGGCCCCAGAGGUCUGGGGAGGUAACAUGGUGGGGUCUGGGAUCGCAGCUUUGGGCCUUCUCCUGCUGAUGCAGGGCUCAGUAGAUGCGAAUGGAAUCCAGGGAUUUUUCUAUCCAUGGAGUUGUGAGGGAGAUGUGUGGGACCGAGAGAGCUGUGGGGGCCAGGCAGCGAUUGAGAACCCCAACCUCUGCCUGCGCCUGCGAUGCUGUUAUCGGGAUGGUGUGUGCUACCAUCAGCGGCCAGACGAAAACAUGCGCAGGAAGCACAUGUGGGCACUGGGCUGGACCUGCGGCAGCCUGCUCUUCCUGAUCGCCAGUAUCUGCCUCUUCUGGUGGGCCAAGCGCCGAGACAUGCUGCACCUGCCACACUUUCUACAGGGGAAAUGCGACCUGUCACGAACAGUCUCCCUACUGUCUAAGGACCGACCAUCAAGCAAGAAGUCACCCACGGUUACCACGACUGUCACGGUGCCCAUGGAGGCGACAGAGCCCUCAGGGACCACUGAAGCGGAAGCUACAGAAGGCGGAGACGACACCGAGGGAGGAGAUGACGAUUAGGGGCGACUCGGUAGCACCCCUCAAUACAGACAUGGCAUAUAAA